AUGGAAGAAUCCCAACAAGUUCCGACUUUAGAAGACAUUUGCGAUUUUGUCACUAAUGUCAUUGGACCAGAUGUUGAAGCAAUCAAGCGCUUUGAAGGAAAAGAAGGCCAAAAAUUCGAUGGCAUUGAAAGCAGAUUACGAGAAUUCCAGGUUUUACUCGAAGAAGUUCCAAAAGCAGGCGAAUUUGAGAAUCCAGAGCUAUUAGCAAAGCAUUUACAAACAAUAUUUUCUUCCAUCGAUGCUCUUUACAAUUUUGUUCAAGAUGUCAAAAACAGACUCACUAUUGUCAAUCAAGAAAUCGAUAGAAGAUCACCAAAAUUAUUGCGCGGCUUAUUUAAGUCCAAGGAUACAUCAAAGCCUGCUGAUUUGAAGCAGGCAACUUACGAAACAGAUUCUCUCAUGGAAUUGUACGGAAUUCUCCCUAAAGAAGGAGUCCAAGAAACAAAAGAAGAGCCUAAGGCAUAA